AUUACGACGCUGGUAAUUUGUACCGAACGUUUAAAGUCGAAGCGGUUUUCGUGCCGCUCGCAAAUUGACUCCGUCUUGCUGCGACAACACGACUUGGCGGUCUAUCUUCGCUCAUACAAACGCAGGGUGUUUUUGAAAUCUUCAUCAACUUUCUUUUAAAAAUUCAUGAACAUACUACGAGAAGCGUAAGUGCUUAAUCUGUCUACGGAAGUCCGGGCAAUUUCCGUGGCGAUACAAAGACUGUGAUUUGAUUGGCUGGCGGGCGUGAGCGUGCGCACUGACGGUUGGUAAGUGUGACGGCCACGCGCAUCCAAGAUACCCUGUCAGUUUCAACCGUGACACCCAUUCGCGACUAGCUCGACUGACACUCGCUGCUCCAAUAUUUCAGGUGAAGAGAAGUAAAGCCUACAACUGUGGAGUCGGCAGGAACCAUGCCCCAUACAGGCCAGACAGGGGUUAAUCAACUGGGAGGGGUCUUCGUGAACGGCCGUCCACUUCCUGACCAUGUACGACGUCGGAUCGUGGAGCUUGCUCAGAUGGGCGUUAGGCCAUGUGACAUAUCUCGACAACUCCUCGUGUCCCACGGGUGUGUCAGCAAGAUCCUCACAAGAUACUACGAGACGGGUUCCAUUAAGCCCGGGUCUAUUGGCGGUAGCAAGCCGAAGGUGCGGCAAGUGGCCACGCCUCUGGUGGUGCGGAAGAUCCUGGAACUGAAGCAGCAGAACCCUUCCAUCUUCGCCUGGGAGAUCCGCGACCAGUUGCUGGCGCAGCGAGUCUGUGAUGACACCACCAUCCCUAGCGUCAGCUCCAUCAACAGAAUACUGCGUAACGCCAACGCCUGUGCCCCCGACCAAUCCCCCUUUGCCAUGGAUCUGGCCACCAGGUUCUCCCCUGCCUGCUCCCCCAACCCCAUGCCCUUUGUGUCCAUGCCGUCCUACCCCGGAGCGUGGUAUCCACUACCCAUACCCGGGCUCUCCUACCCUCGCCUGGUCCAGCCCCUUGGGGGUGAGGCGAUUGGGAAGCUGGUGGAGAGGGACGAAGAGAAGGAGAGAGAGAAAGAAAGGGACAUUGAGAGAGCGUUGGGGAUCAAAAGGAAAGCCGAAGACAGGGUUAAAGUUGAGGACAAACGACAAGAAUCUGACGACGAGGAAACACCCGAAAAGAAAAGACGGUUGGAAAACUGUGAAUCCGAUUCUGAAGAACACACACCUGUGUCCAAAUCCCGGACUACAAGCAGCGAGACGGCGACAGUAAGCAAGCGAGAGAGGGACAAUUCAACACCAGCAAAGUGCACCUCGAGUCGGGCGGAGAGCAAAUCGAAAAGUUCUGAGGACUUGUGCAGCGUGAGUUCGCUCAGUAACUCAAUCGGACUGUGUGCACGUGCGCCGAUUUGCUUCUCGCGAAUGCUGCCGUAUCCGUUGAUGCGUUCCAGCUUUUCACCCUACGCAGCUCAACAUCCGGGUGCCUCAGUAGGCCUAUAUCCACUACAUGUGACUCCCAUGCGCCCUGGUUUCAGUCAUGUGCCUGCAUCAUGAAAAUAUCCACUACGAACAUAUCCAAAAACUCAAAUCGUCGGUUCAAGUUGGCAUCUUUAUUGCGAUAACUUGUGACUGGUAUCCCGUGCAAACGGCCAACAUUUCUGGACGGGGCGAACCUGGUAGGUACGGUAGUUCAACUGUCUUCGAACAAAACGCUACUGGCACUGAAACGUUCGUGGACUAAGAGUGACGUUGACGUCAACACGCCAGCAGGCGACGUAAGGGUCGGUGACUGUGCCUGGAACGCCUGCGGAGACCUACAGAAUGGACACCCCCAGAUCCCGAUAGCUUGCUUUCUACGACAAGGGCUGUUAGUGUUAAAUUUGUAUUUAUUGAGCAGCGUUGUUUCUUAGAACGAAACAUGUUUGUUGAUUCCUCUCAAACAGCUCCAAUGCAUUCGCAUUAUUUAAACACUUACAUGAAGUAUCUACACUGGUUUACUAUUAUUUAUCUAAUACUUUAAAUGUGUAGUUACCAGGUAUUUGAAGUGUAAAUAAUCCUUGCAAACUUUGCUAAUUUAUUUUCAUUCGUAUAUUGCUGUCGAAGCUUACGAAAUAAAACGUUAAAGAAUUA